GAGGAGGAGGAUGUUUCGCUCCAGUUGUCAUUCCUUGGGAAAUAAUAAGGAGGCGUGAUCUCGACUUACCUGUUCGCAGCAGCAGGAGCGUUUCGGAGCUCCAGGUUCCUGAACUGCGUCUGUUCCUGUGAGAUAGGAACCCUGGCGUCGCUACAGCGGAAGGUGGAGCUGGCCUUGAAGGAUGCUAAAAAGGCUUUGAGUGGUGGCUCCAAAAUGAGUGUGACAUCAUGGUUCCUGGUGAGCAGCUCUGGCACACGCCACCGGUUGCCACGGGAGAUGAUCUUCGUGGGUCGUGAUGACUGCGAACUGAUGCUGCAGUCGCGCAGCGUGGACAAACAGCACGCCGUGAUCAACUACGACUCCAACACGGACGAGCACAUGGUGAAGGAUCUGGGCAGCCUGAACGGGACGUUUGUGAAUGACCUGCGAAUCCCCGAACAGACCUACAUAACCCUCAAGCUCUCUGAUCUCGUUCGCUUCGGCUACGAUGACCAUGUGUACAUCCUGGAGAGGAGUCAGCACAAGGUGCCAGAAGAGGCCCUGAAACAUGAGAAAUACACCAGCCAGCUGCAACUGGGCCUGAAGGCCCUGGAGGCUAGGAGGAAAGAGAAACCGCAACCGCAAAAGCACAAGGACACUUCUAAUGGCACGCCGCUAGAACGGGUGGAACGCAAGGCCUACUCCGCCACAGCGACCUCUGACAGUCCAAUAUCCAAGCCUACUCCUCUGUACGGACAGCCUUCUUGGUGGGGGGAGGACGAAGACCCUGAUAACAAACCGGAGAACAGUGGUGGAAAGCAGCCAGACCAGGAGUCCACAGAGCCCGCCAUCAGAGACCUGCCCAGAGAGGGAGUCAAUGGCUCUCUGUCCGAAAGCACCGGCAAGGCCGCGUACGCGUACCGCCGCGAGCCCAGCUACUUUGAGAUCCCCACCAGAGAGUCCCAACAGCGGACCGCCAAAACCCCAGAGGAGGGCGUGGUGCAGGAGGUGCCCACCAAGGACACCCCUGACCCCGCCCCUACCCCAUGUGACCCCUCCACCCCCACACCCCCGGUGGUCCAGAGCCACGCCUCUUUCACCAUUGAGUUUGACCAGGGCACCCCGGGCAAGAUCAAGAUCAAGGACCACAUCACCAAGUUUUCCCUGCGCCAGCAGCGCAAGUUCCCCCCGAAGGAGGCGGCCGCCCCAUCCGAGGUGGUCUCGUCCGAGAGCAAGGUGGCGGAUUGGCUGGUGCAGAGCAACGUCAGCAUGAUGAUGAGGAGGCGGUCCCACACAGAGGACGACUACAGCACUCAGAGCGACCAGUCGCUUCAGAAGACCACCAAAGGCCACCGGCACAAUGACGGAACCCUCAGUGAUUCGGACAGACCCUCAAGCAUUGCAAACGAUCUCAACCAGGCACAGGCUUUGAUUCCCCAGAAGGGCUCCCCUCCCCAACGCUCCUCCCUCAACCGCAUCGCCCCGCCCCGCCCCGACGACCCCCCCGCCUCUGCGGGGUCGCACUCCCCGCCAACUCUGGGAGAGAGCGGCCCUCACCAGCCCGACCUCAACGACAACCUGACGAAGAAGCGCUCCAAGUCGGUUGUCCACGACGCUCCCCCGGUGGAUGCCUCGGCCACGCCGGGGAACACCAGGAGAGCAGAGCGGCAGGCUCCCUCUGCAGCCGCCGGCACUCCCGUCUCGGAGAGGUACACCGUCCCCCUGAAGAACCACGACGCGGCGACGGGCUUCGUCCGAGCCGGCUCUCUGAGACGGGAGAAGACGGAGUACCGCAUCAGCACCAGCUUUUCCUCGCGCUCCGCCUCCUCCGCCUCGGUCCGGCCCUUCGCUAGCGUGGGCCGCCGAUCCAAACUCGCCCAGGACUACAACGCUGAGUUCCUCAAACGGAGCGCCGCCGUCGCCGCCGUCGCCAACGGGGAGAAACCCCCGUCCGGCUCCACCCGAGACCGCCCGCCAGGGACGGAGGCGCCCCCGGACUCCCCUCCCUGGAGCCGAGCCGGCACGCCCGCGGCCCCGGAGCCCCACCUGGUCCAGGCGUCCUCUCCUAUCCACCAGCCCGUCCCCCUCGUGGCCCCGCGGAUGUCCCGGGCCCCCCGGGGAGCGGAGGAUAAGGCGGCCCCGCGAGCAGCCCCCCGGGCCGAAGAGGAGGACAACCUCAGCGACGCCGGGACGUACACCAUCGAGGACGAAGCCCAGGACAAAGAGGUGGAGGAGGCCCGGAGUCUGAUCGACCAGGUGUUUGGCGUGCUAGAGAGCCCAGAGGAAAGCCAGUCGACCGAAGCAGACACGUCGGCGGCAUGUAGGCCCGAUAGUAUUGAGUGCGUGGAGCAGCGUAGGCAGAAUAGCAGUGAGGUGCUGAGGCCGUACCCAGAACAGGGAGAGGGUCUGGGACAGAGGGCCCCAGUGUCCCAGGCAGCCCCCAAGUGGAUGUCGCGCUGGGCGAGCCUGGCGGACAGCUACACAGAGAGCCAGCCUUCCCCCGGGGACAGCCCCGCCCUGACGCAGCAGCCAGGAGGAGCAGGCGGCGUUCCAACAUUCCCCGAUACGACGCUCCACAACGAGUCGGGCGGCUCCAGCACCCGCCGGGCCCUGCCCAAAGCGCCUCUGAGCGAGUCGGGCGACGCCCCGGAUCCCAGCAGCCGCGUCCGCUACGCCAUGCAGUCCACCUUCGAGGUGGUGGAGCCGGGCUCGGGGAGCGGAAUGCAGCCCCCCGGAUCGGCCCCGGACCCCCGGGACGACCUGGAGCCCGACAGCCUCAGCGACGCCAGCCGGUCCGACGACGGCUCGGUGGUGGAGACGAGGCCCGCCCCGUCGACGCCGGACGCCGCACCGAGGAGCGACGGCGUCGACUCGCCCCGCCUCCCGGCCAAGUCCACGUCUUUCUACGUGGGCUCGGAGGAGGACUCGGGUCCCUGCACCCCCAAGGCCGAGAGGAAGCCCAACCCCAGGCUCUUCUCCACGGCCACCCUGACCAAACAGAGAGGCAGCCUGGACGCCGGGAAGCUCAAGCCCAACGCCUCGGCUCCCCUGCUGGACCGGGGGAGGUCGCCGAGCCCAGGCAGUCCCGAGUCCAGACACAGCGCCUCGGCGGCCCUGAUCAGGCAGGAGAGCUUCACCAAGGAGUGCCCCAGCAACACCAGACUGCCCCACAUCUCCACCAAGCCGGAGGACGGAUCCCCGCGAGCCUUCCACCAGGACACCCACUCUUACCUCAAAGACACCGAGGAUCUCCUGGCUUCCAUGGAGGCCAAGCUCCACGCGUUCCAGCCGUCGGUCGCCAAGCCUCCUUCAGCGAUGGACUCUCUGUCCGGGGAGUCGGACAUCGACACCUCCAGCACCGUCAGCCACCACAGCAACAAACCAAACUCGCUCUUGACGCAGAAUGCCGCCCCGGCUAACGGUAUCCACAGGGAGCGCUCGUCAGCCAGUACGGCCAGCCAGGACUCCAACCGCCUGUCCUCGGCGUCCGAGCAGCUGUCGGAGAGGCGCCACGCCAGGGGGCGGGACGUCAGCAGCGGCAGAACGGAGAGGGGCUCCGUUGCACGGCGGCGCAGCGUGAGCAGAGGCGGCUCGAUGGACCUGAGCGACGACGCCCAGGGCUCCAGCCUGCCGUACUCGGACCAGGAGGGCGGCAGCCGCCACCACCCGGGCAGGAAGUACACGGUGCCGCUGAAGAAGGAGGACGGCGGCGGCAAAGGCUCCCAGGCACUGAGCCGCUCCAGCAGCCUGUCGGCCCCCAGGGCCACCAGGGCCUCCAUGCUGCGCCGGGCUCGCCUGGGGGACGCCUCCGACAACGAGGCCUCCGAGACGGACCGGCUGGCCAAGGAGGCGGCCUCCAAGCAGAGCAAGGAGGCCAAGAGGUUAACCCGGCUGGACAUGCUGGCCAUGCCUCGCAAGAGGACCAGCUCCUUCAACGCGCCCAGCGACACGGAGGCCUCCGUCCUACCCCCGGUCUCCAGCAGGUCCACGGGGUUCUCCAACCGAAGCACCGAGUCCAGCAGCGGCUCCACACGCAAGGCCUCAGUUUCGGGGCCCAAGCCGGCGCCCCAGAAGGGAGCGCUCACCAGGACGCCAAUCACCCGAGGACGCCCCAGCAGCGCCAAAUACACCAGCAGCACAGCCAGCUCCAGGAGACGGCAGAUGGGUUGCGACUACGCGUCCACCUCGGAGGACGAGUGCGACUUCACAGACGCCAGCCCGGCUAAACACGCACACAACCGCUCCCAACCUUCCCCAGCUCGCAACAGUAGCGUGACGCGCGCCCGCUCGCGGCCCCCGCCCCAGGCGAUGGUGGCCCUGCGGCCGAAGAGGUCCGGCCGGGACUCUGAGGAGGAGAGCCAGGAGGGAGAGGCCCUCCACAGCUGGUCCAACCACAGCGCUGAGAUCGCACGGUUGAGCCAGGACCUAGCCAAAGACCUGGCGAUCUUGGCCAGAGAGAUCCACGACGUGGCCGGGGAGGGGGAGCCCCCGAGCUCGGCCAUGGAGGCACAGGUCCCCGACGCCACCAUGACGGCCCACGAAGAGCUGGUUCAGCACAUUCCAGAGGCAGGGCUCAAUCACCAGAGAGGUCCUCCAAGCCCUACGACUCCCAAACACCUCGACCAGAACACUGGGGACCACAAACACAACAACACGAACCGGCUUCGCAACAGAGAAGAGGAUAUAGCUGACCAGCUGAUGUUGAAUCCCGUGACUCAGAUUUCCCUUGUCAUCAGACAGAACACUGACCAGCUCACGGAGAAACUCAAGGUGCGCUUCCAGGAUAGGAUGGAUCUUUGGGAGGAGGUCGAGGCCAAACUCACUCGGGAUAACCACAUCCCCGUCGUCAAAAGCUCUAACAAGGAGGUCGCAUCCAUUCUGAACGAGCUCAGGAGAGUUCAAAGACAACUCGAAGUCAUCAACACCAUCAUGGAACCCAGCAGGAGGCCUGAGCAGGACAAGUCCUCCUCCUCGUCCUCCGCACGCCCCACCGCUGCAGCCCGCUCGUCGAGGGCCGAGCCCCGGGACUGGAGGACCACCCCCUCGGCGUCGCACCGCGGCGGAGGGAACAGGCCCGGGGAGAGCGUGAGGAGGACUGCCGUGACCCCCGAUGACGCCAGAGAUGGAUAUGUGGUUUGAGGUUCCGAUACCAAGAGAGCGGUUCCUCCUUUUUUACUCGCCACACUGCGCUUCUUUCGCCGUCGCCACCGCAGGCCUCCUCAAAACCCCCUGCUACAGGUGUAGGAAAGCACCGUGGGGGGGGAAGUGAGAGUCGCUCCCCCGGACAGCUGCAUGUCAAAACAACACCGCGCACGAGGGGUGACGAGGCCUGCAGCAAACAUGUGGACAUGGCGCAAUCAAUGGAGGAAAGACGACAACGUAAACCGUCACACGUGUUUGUGUGUCCGUGCCAUGUUCCCUCCAUCCCCCUUUGGUUUUCUAAAGGGGCUUCAAAACUAUACUUGAUUUAUCUGACAUGGUGUCAGUUGCCAGUGACGCUGCCUUGCACAGCACAAACACUACAUGAUUUAAAAACCAGCGUGAAUGUAAUCAACUCUUGCACACAAAGCAGCAAUCACCUGCUAGGGCUGUUGUAAUCGAUAUAGAGAUGUUUUAUAGUAGUACCAUUUUUGUGGAAUAUUUCUUUGCGGAACACGUAUACUAUUUUUCGAUUGUAAAAAGUAUUUAUUGUGCUACUUUAAGCUCUGAACAUAUGUCAAUUUAUAAGAGAAUUUGAUAAACGAAUAGACAGUAAUCGAAAUGCAUCUAAAAUAGUGCCAGACCACAGAUUUCUACAUGAUCUGACAAAAAAACAUGAAUGCAAUGGGUUCUCUUCAGAUUAGGGGUCUACUUUGCAGCAUUUCCGUUUCUCUCCCAGGCUGCGGUGAAAUUCUCUGUGGAAUGUGGGGAUGAGAGGAAUGAAGAAGCUUAACGUUAGACUCGAACACGGAUGUUUAGUCACAAGGCAACAGCAAUCCCCACAAGCCUCUCAGGCAUUCCUCAGCUCCACCACUUGGAACAAGAUGGCUUGUGCUUUCAGCCUGCAUCUGGUAUCGUUUCUUUUAUAGUAAUAGGCAUUAUUAUUUGUUAUAUUUGACCUACAACACAAUUAAUGGCACAAAGAUUUGGCCAAAGGUAGUGUUGGAAAAUAUUCUCAGGCAUCCCAUAUUCAGUUUCCUAGUGGCUCUCCGAGCAUUUUCUCACACACACACACACACACACACACACACACACACACACACACACACACUCACUCACUCACUCACUCACUCACUCACUCACUCACUCACUUACUACUACACUACACUACACUACACUACACUACACUACACUACACUACACUACACUACACUACACUACACUACACCUAAACUCAAACAUAAGUUUCACCCUUAAGGGUUACUUUGGCCAGAAUUGUCAUGACAGAGAUUUUCUACACCAUGUGUCUCACUUGAAUGUGGGCCAACAGUUAAUAUGAUUUUUUUUGUGUCUUUAUUGGUCGGAUUGGCAUUAAAUGUCAUUUAACUCUAACGUUACCUCUCUUGAUUGCACUAAUGUAAGAUUCCACUCGGCUUCAUAGAGUGAACUUCCAAGUUAAAGCCACUAUGCCAAUUCUUUGUGAGGAAGUUUCAUUUCCCAAUCAGAACAUGAUCUUUGUUGUUAUGAUUGAAGGCAGCAGGGGGCACGAACACAUGCUUUCAACUUCCCAAAAUUGUUUCGUCCACCUACAUAUUAUUCUAAUUUGGGUUUCCUCUAAAUAUUUCAAAGCAUUUUUGGCAUUGUUUAUGACUGUACUUGCCAUCAUUGUUUACAAAUGAGAUGAGCAAAAGAAUGACAGACAUUUGUAUUGCUCUGCUCUGACUCAAUGCUGCUAUUUCUACUUGGGAGAGAUGGUGCCCGCAAUUUUUUCAUCUACACAAUGGAAAUAGGCGGAGAUUUAACUCAGCCUCGUUAAUGUAAAUCCGUUCUACAUCCACUUUAGGCCCACUUUUGUACAUCACUGGCCGUUUCUUGUCCGUCAACCUUGAACUUGUUAUCUUUAAUGUUUAGUUUUUUUGAUGUCCUUGAUAAUUAAGAUCUGGUUACACACUUUCUUCCUUGAAAUACCCUUUUUU